AAAAAUCAUUAAUCUUACAAUUUGGCUAUACAUCUUAAUUAUUAUAGUUUUAGUUGUAGGCACGAAAACGUGCGUUUUACACUGUAAUGAAAUUAGUUAGUUCCCUUUAUCUUAUCGUACCUAGUUAUCAUUAGACUAUGCAUCUUCCAUGUUGCAAUUAACCAAAUAUUUUACUUAACUAAUGCAAGUAUUUCAUAUUCUAGUUAGCUAUUGCUUUGACGUUAAUUUAGUGUCAUUAUUAACUUCUUCAUAAAGUGUCAUUAACUUAAAAAUAAACAAUUUAAUUAGAGGUUUAACUAAAAAGUAUCUAAAUAUUCGCAAAAACAAAUCCUGGCGUAAAACACAUAAAACAAAAUGAAAUAUUCACUGGUAAAUUAAACAAAAUGAACAUUGAAGUCCAUCGCCUUGCUGAAUUAUAUUCGUAAUUAAAGUUUUUAAUUAUAAUGAAAUUAGAUGAAUAAGAACUUCAUUGUGGUGAUAGUUUUUAAACAGUCGCGUUUAACACAUUCGCUGUCACAGUUAAACGUUGUUCAUUUGUUUUUAAAUGUGGAAACCGAUAAUUUUGGACGUUGAGUGCAUCGUUUGCAACAAAACGUUGCUGAAAAUAAAGCACGACCCACGGGAGGUGUCGAAAAAAAUGGUCCGUAUAGUGAGCAAACGCGCAAGAACCCCUAACUGGUCGGUAGAAGAGAAGCAGUUUCUUCUAGAACUGAUUAAAGAGCACAAAGAAAUCGUCGUCACUAAGACCAACAACGGUCCGAACCAUUCAGAAGAAAAAGACGUCGCUUGGAAUGAAAUACUACGACAGUUAGCAGUGAAAUUCGGUAAUAAAUUUACUGGGCUUUCUAUUAAGAAAGUUAAAACCCAAUGGCAGAAUAUGAAGCGUAUCGCUCGUGAGGAAAUAGCUCUUAAUGGAGACGUGGUGCAGAACUGUUCAAGACAGUCGUUAGAAGUAUGCAAUAUUAUAGAUGUGCUCAAAGAUGGAGUAUUGAAAAAAGAGAAUGAACUUAAUGAAACAUCAAUGAGUGCUAAUGUUGAAGUUAAGACUGAAUGUAUCGAUGAAGACAUUUGUCAACCAAGCUGCAGCAACGAAUACCAUGAGAGCCCACAGGAAAAAGUCAGCGAAGUAAUGGAAUCAUCGACAUCUAUCUCCGAAACCGCUGAAAUAGUUGACGUCGAUGACCGCGAUGAGAGUCAAGAGAAAGUAAAUAACAAGAAAUCAACAUGUUCUAUGACGGAGCCAAUGCCUUUGGACGACAUCACAAACGUUGUUCAACUCAAUACAAAUAUGCAGGAGUUCUUAAAGUAUUCUGCUAUAGAAAAACAUUUGAAAAUGGAAUCUCUGAGAGAGGAGCGCCAAAUCUUUAGAGCUAUGCGAGAAACAGCAGAAUUGAAUAAAAUUAUUGCCGAACAGAAACUUAAACAUAUUCUUUGGUUAAAAAACCGUGAAAUGGCGUAA